ACGUCUCCAAAAGUCAAACACAAGUCAUAGUCAUAGUCUCAGUAAAAAAUUAAGUCCUUUAGCGAAGAGAAUAAUGGACUCUACUCUCGAUGGAUAUUUGGCUCAGCAAUUGAUCCAUAUUUACAUGGAUUGUAUCGGCAUUACUGAUGACAAUCAUCCAGAAGAUGUAUAUUCUGUUUAUGGCCAACAAUUGGGCCAACUAUUGUUGGACAACGGCUAUCAACUCCCAAUCGUAACACCAGUGACGGGUCGUUACGCUCAUCGCGUCCGACAAGAUGUUCAACGAGAAACCGACCGAAUUCUUCAAGAGAUCCAAUCGGAUACAGAGGUGAUGUCACCGGACAGGCGUCACAUCUACAAUGAAAUAUUGAAAAUUAUCAGUGAUUUUCGAGAUACAACAUCACGGCUAUCGAUACCGCCGACCACUGAUCAAAUGGAAGAACCUGUUGCGGGUCCGAGCAGUCAAAACUCAUCGACAGUAACCAUUGGUGAUAACGUGGAGGUGGCGGCGGACAAUCAAUUUCUUAAUUCAUCCGAUAGUGACAUAUCGGAUGAACCCAUCGAUAUUGUCGUCGUCGCCGCUCACGGACUGGUAGAACAACUGUCCGAUGUUUCCUCCGAUUCUCUACACAUAUCUUCAGAUUCUGAUCAAAUGGUACCGAAUCCUUAAGUGAUAAUUAAAGUGAUUAGUCGUACAAAGUAUACCAUUAAGAAAAUGAUGAUUUUAUUAUUAUUAUUAUUAUUAUUAUGAAA